AUGUGCAGAAUACUCUCCAUUAUCUCCAUGCUCGCCGUGCUGUUCCUGGCCCAGGCCUCGGCUCAGUACUCCUACACCCCACAUGCCCUGUGCAGCGAUAGACUCAACGAUAUGUUGAUGAUGGUGUGCGAGGAAUUUAAUGGAAACACUCCACAAAAGCGAGGAUUGAUUGCCGGCGACCUGGAUCUCCUCGAUCCUGUCCAGUACGUGGAAGCCACGGAGUCGCGUCCAAUCUUCAGGGGACGCUUCCAUGGCGGAGAUGGUGCCCUCAACUCCCUGGCUCCCAUUCGGCGGCUGACGCGGCAGGGAAUAGUGGACAGGUGCUGCAAGAGGAGCUGCUCUAUGGAAGUCCUUAUGGAGUACUGCUCCGUUCCCCGUAUCUAA